AUGGGUUCCGUCCGCACUACUAUUAUAAGGCAUUAUUUAUUAGACAAUUAUCUCGAAGGAAUUCGAGAAUACUAGUAAUUAAUCUACAUUACGUUUUAUAUGGUAGCAACACGUAACAUAACGCACGCAACGAUGUAUUACCACAAUACACAUGCGUCAUUUCCAUGGUAACAACUUGCAGCUCGACCAUAAACAGAGGGUUAAGUCUCAGCUGUUCCGCAAAUCGCGAUUUAUUUGAGUAUCGUCGGUCGUAGGCUCGAAAUAGAGAACGAAGUUCAUUUUUUGUUUUCGACGAUAGUAUGUCAGUGGAAGGACAAUUUUUCCUCGCCGUUACCGGCUCCAUCGAGCACGCAGAGUUCUACGAUGUCAAUAACGCUUAUUGCAAAUAUAGCUUUCAUUUCGGGCCAGAGUGGAGCGUCGUUGCGGGAAUCGAGGAGGGAUUGACGCAGAUGUGCAAGUGCAGUAACGAUCCAAGAAAUCUAGCAGUUUGGAAUUUUCCCUUGGACAUUACGUUCAAGAGUACAAAUCCACACGGAUGGCCGCAGCUUAUCAUGUCCAUAUACGGCUUGGAUUUUUUCGGCCAUGACGUCAUCAGAGGAUACGGAGUGUGUCAUUUGCCUCUGACAGCUGGACGCCACGAGAAAAGUACAUAUGAAAUAAUGCUCGACUUCGCGAAUGGAAAAAUGUGGCGUUAUAACAGUCGUGCUCCGACGUAUUCAAUAAAGGGACCGAAAUCCGCGGGAAUGUCGGAUGAUAUGUGCGACGCGGAGAAUCGGUAAAUCUUUAUUUCUUACUUCUGCGUGCAAAGGCGUCCAAAGACUCUCGUGGACAGAUACUCGAUCGUAAUUCCGCAUCUACGUCGGUGUGCCACUUGGCACCUACCAUCCCCUUUGAAAUGGAGCGCGCCACCCUUUGAUUGUGCCGCUUUCAGCUUUUAGUCUCAUAUACUCACGAAAUCUCAAAAAUGUCGAAAGGGUGUCGAUCUACGUGCCGGCGUCGUCGUCCAUGCUGCAGAACUUCGUGGAGUGGUUAACCGGAAGAAGACCGGAAUUAAUUGAUCCCACC